UCACUCACAGAAUUAAGCUUUCAAUUUUUGCAAAAAUAUCAAUUAACCCAGGAAACUUGAAAAGAGAGAGAGAGAGAGUAAAAUGGUUUUUAAUGGAUAUGUGUUAGCAUAUCUGCAUGACACCAAAGCAAAGAAGAACCACAGUAGCCUCCCUUGUUCAAAAUCUGGCGUUUAAAGCGAAGGCAACAGUAGAGAAAGUCUUGUGCUGUGCUUCCUCUUUCUUGAUUAUCUCUCUUCUUCUUGUUUUGCUUAAUUGUUAUUUUAUUUUCUCUAGCUGCUUCAGGUUUCAGAGACUUUCCUUCUUAGGGUUCUCAUUUAAUCAGUAUUCAAAAUCUUGAAAUGUGUUUUGUUGGCUUUUUGAGAUGAGAUAUAAAGAGGAAAUUGCAUGUGGGGUUGUGUUGGUUUCUAGAUUAUAGAUUGCAUCGGGACAAGGGAUUGGAGAACUAAUAAAGAGCAGAAGAAGAAAGAAAGAAAGUGAAGUUGUUUCUUGAAGAUGGCGGCUUCUUCUUCAUCGGUGCCCUUCUUUGGAAUUAGGGAUGAAGAUCAUCAAAACCAGAUGACACAACAGCAUUCCUCAACACCAACUUCAUCUUCUGCUCCAGCUCCACCACCUCAGAAGAAAAAGAGAAACCUACCUCGAACACCAAAUCCAGACGCAGAGGUGAUAGCACUAUCUCCCAAGACCCUAAUGGCAACAAAUCGGUUCAUAUGUGAGGUAUGCAACAAAGGGUUCCAAAGGGAGCAAAACCUACAGCUGCACAGAAGAGGACACAACCUGCCUUGGAAGCUUAAGCAGAAGACUACAAAAGAAGUGAAGAGGAAGGUCUACUUGUGCCCUGAGCCCACAUGCGUCCACCAUGAUCCUUCUAGGGCUCUUGGUGACCUUACUGGUAUCAAAAAGCACUACUCUAGAAAACAUGGUGAGAAGAAAUGGAAGUGUGAGAAGUGUUCUAAGAGAUACGCUGUUCAAUCUGAUUGGAAAGCCCAUUCUAAAACCUGCGGCACUAGAGAAUACAGAUGUGACUGCGGCACUCUCUUCUCAAGGCGUGACAGUUUUAUCACUCAUAGGGCCUUCUGUGAUGCGUUGGCUCAGGAGAGUGCUCGAAAUCCUCCUUCCACCUUGAGCACCAUUGCAAGUCAUUUAUAUGGAGGUAGCAACAUGAGCUUAGGCGUAUCUCAAGUGGGUACUCAAAUUUCAUCAAUGCAAGAACAAUCUAGUGACAUUUUACGACUUGGUGGAGGUGGCCGGAGUGGACAAUUUGACCAUCUCCUUCCCCCAUCUAUGGGUUCAACAUCGUUUCGACAACCAUCGCAGCAAAUGCCUUCAUCUGCUUUCUUUAUGCAAGAACCAAACCAGAAUUAUCAUGAGGAACACCAAUCUCAACAAGGGCUGCUGCAAAAUAAAUCAUUUCAUCAUGGAUUGAUGCAAUUCGCUGAUAUUCAUAGCACCACAAGCAACAACCCUCCUCCCCCUGCCUCCAAUCUUUUCAACCUUAGCUUUAUUUCCAGUAGCAGCAGUACAAGCAACAUCGCUAACAGCAAUUUACCACCUUCGGGACUGCUACUGUCCACUCAUUUCAACGGCCAUAAUGGUGCCAGCGGAGACGGUGAAGGAUCCAAUAUCUUCACAAACAACAUAAUAAGUGAUUAUCAUCAUCAUCAUCAUCAAAUGACGUCUGGUGUCCCUUCUCUCUUUAGCUCCUCAGUUCAAAAUGAUAAGAUGUUUCCUCAUAUGUCUGCUACGGCAUUGCUUCAAAAGGCAGCUCAAAUGGGUUCAACUACAAGCACAAACAGUGCAUCAUUGCUGAGAAGCUUUGGUAGCUCUUCCUCAAGCGGAAUUAAAUCAAAUAGGCAAUUAGGUGCAGCUAACUUCGGAGGCGUUUUCAACGAAAAUGACAACAAUCUCCAUGACCUAAUGAACUCAUUUGCAACUGGGAAUUCAUCCCUUUUCGCUUCUGGGCAUGGACAAGAAAACUCUUACAGUGGAAACCCGGAGGAACCGAAGUUGCACCAGGGUCUGAACAUGAGCAUUGGAGGGUCUGAUAGAUUGACCAGGGACUUUCUCGGGGUCGGACAAAUUGUUAGAAGCAUGAGUGGAGGGUUUUCGCAAAGAGAAAAACAUCAACAGCUGCAGCAGCCACCACAGCCUGGCAUAGAAAUGAGCUCCUCCUUGGAUUCAGAGAGAAAUAUUACUGCGCAGACAAGCCAAUCUUUUGGAGGAAUUGGGGACUUUCAAUGAAAAAGAAAAAAGUGAAUGGAUAUAGCUGAGAUGGAGAAACAGAGACGAGAAAGAGAAGGUACGGCCACAUGAAAAAAAUAAUAACGAAAAAAAAGAAGGGACCCAGCUGUGACGUGUUAAAUAAUUAAAAUUAAAAGUAAAAUUCUCUAUUUCAUGGGUAAUUGAGCCUUCUCAUUGCUUUUACUGCUCAUUUGGAGUAGGAGAAAUUAAUUAAUUGGAAAAAAAAGGAAAUAAUUUAUUAAUUAUCAUAAUGGUAUUUUUAAUAUUCUCUGACUCUGACAUAGUUCCUUUGAAUGGGGACAGCCUCGAGCUAGUACAUAAGAGUUGUUGUUUCAUUUCUCGUCUUUUUGUUUUUAUUUCUACUUUUCUUGUUUUAACCUUUUAACACACAUACAUGUAUUUAUACUUCUGCAAGACUUCACAAGUGCUGCUCUUAGGAUGCUCAAACAAAAUGUCUUUUCCCUUGUC